AUGACUUCGUACAUUGACUUCAGCAAGCCCAGUCUGUGGGUGUCUGCGGCGAGUAUCGUGUUCAACCCUACAUUCUGGAAGUCAGAGUACCACAAUAAAGUUAUCACAAAGCUCUUCGGUGGUAAUCCUCGACUUGGAUGCUACGCGCUCGCCGUAACCAUCUUCUCGCUGGGAAUCUUCCGAGACUACCUUUACAAUGAAGCCCUCGCCGAUCAACCCACGCAUCCAACCCUCCUCUCUCCCGCCAUCAAGUACUCCGCCAUCCCUCUCUUCGCCAUGGGAAACACCCUUGUCCUGACCUCCAUGUGGGCCCUAGGUGUCACCGGAACCUACCUCGGAGACUACUUCGGCAUCCUCAUGGACGAACCCGUAACAACCUUCCCCUUCAACGUCUCCAGCUCGCCCAUGUACCACGGCUCGGCCAUGUCCUUCUUGGCCACAGCUAUCUGGUACGGAAAGCCAGCUGGUAUCUUCCUUACCGCAAUCGUCCACACCGCAUACUCGAUUGCGUGCAGGUGGGAGGACCCGUUCACUGGUAUGAUCUACCAGAAGCGCGAGGAAGAGAGGGCCAAGGGAAAGAAGGGCUUGUAG